UAGGAGUCCAGCGGCUCCAGGGCCAGCAGCGAUUGGAAUUUCAAAUGCCUUGGGAAGAGGAAUUAGAAGUUUUAAAGCAGGAUAAAGCUGCCAGAGUCAUUCAACAGGCCUGGAAAAGUUUUCUUAAUGUUGCUAUAUUUCAACACUUUAAAAGUCUGAUUGAUUUAAGAAGACAAGGAGAACCACGUCAGAUUGUGAAAUAUAUUAAUCCCAAAGAGGAUCAUAGUGGCUGGUAUCGUCGUAUAGAAAACAAUGGCUGGAGGCCAGUUUCUGAUACAUUUUGGCUAUCUACUGACAGUAUAGUGGUAGAAGACAAAAAGGAAAGUGAAUUCCAUUUCUCUAAACUGAAGAGAAGGCAAGACUUGGAAAAGAAAAGAAAACUUAGGAAAAUAGAGUGGAUGAGGCAAAUGUACUACUCAGGAAGUCUGGAGGCUAAGUCAACACAUCGUGAAACUCUAGGACUAAUUCACACUGCAACAAAGGGGCUGAUUAGAGCUUUUGAAGAUGGUGGGAUAGAUUCUGUGAUGGAAUGGGAAGUGGAUGAAGUGCUGAACUGGACAAACACACUGAACUUUGAUGAGUACAUUGCCAGCUGGAAGGAAAUUGCUACAAGCAACUCUUCGGCUAAUUUCAAAGGAUUCAGGUUUGAUGAAGCACAGAAAAACAUAUAUGACUAUGGAGGAGAUAUAUCAAAAAUGCAAAUGGGAACACCAGAUCAUACUUACUGUGAAAAUGUUUAUCAAGAACCAAAUGUAACUAGAUUAACGCCUGAUUCUACUUAUGGACUAUAAAGUACUUUAUUUCUAUUC